UUUAAAGGUUUAUCCGGACGACAACAGCGUGUACUAGUCAACGGUGAGAUUUCAGAGACACGUCCAGUUUCCUCCGGCGUUCCGCAAGGAUCAAUACUCGGUCCACUCCUGUUUCUCAUCUACAUAAACGACCUUCCCGAAUCAAUAACCUCAUCCGCUGUUGACGUUUCCUUGUUUGCCGACGACACAAAAUGCAUCUCAGUUAUUGAAUCACCGGUUGACGCCUGUGUCCUUCAAGCUGAAGCGAGAAACGUGGAGAAAUGGGCUGAGUUUUGGAGGCUCAAAUUCAACGCCGAAAAAUGCAAAGUUCUGAGCGUUACGAGAAAACGUCAUCCUCUUGUUGCUGAAUACAUUGUCAACGGUAAAACUUUGCAGCAUGUUUCCUCGCAGAAAGACCUCGGAGUGACGGUUUGUUCAGAUCUCAGAUGGAACACUCAUAUUUACGAGCAAAUUACGAAAGCCAACCGCCUACUUG